GUUCUCGAAGCAAUCACAACGAAGAAGUGCAGAGAAGAAUUUUCUUUGGAAUCUUUGGAAACAGUUGGAGAUUCUUUUCUUAAAUAUGUGGCCAGCAGAUAUCUUUUUAAAAUGUACGAACAUUAUCACCAGGGAUUACUUACGAAGAAAAGGGAAAAAAUAAUUUCGAAUUCUGUUUUAUGUAGCCUCGGGCGGACCAAAAAUUUGUCGGGUUUUAUCCGCAUGGAAGAGUAUGAGCCCAAGCAAUGGGUAAUCCCUGGCGAGAAUUCUGAUUCCAGAAUGUCCUUCUCUUCUAUUAUGGCAUUGCCAAACAUUUAUAGUAUUGGAAAAAGAUUUAUUAAGAGUAAGGUCAUUGCUGAUUCUGUGGAGGCUUUAAUAGGAACAUAUCUUAUUGCUGCUGGAGAAGUGCAAACAUUAUUUUAUUUAAAGUGGUUAGGUUUGGAGAUAAAUGACCACGAAGAAAAAAUUGUUGGAAGUCCUGUUUUGCAAAAUCCUAAAUUUUACGUGAAUAUAAAGGAUCUCCAGUUGCUUCUCAAAUACGAAUUUCGCAAUCCAUCACUUCUAGUGGAGGCAUUAACACAUGGAUCAUAUCAGGUGUCAGAUAUUCCAAGAUGUUAUCAGAGGCUUGAGUUUUUAGGUGAUGCUGUUCUGGAUUAUCUGAUAACCUUGCACUUAUAUAAUAGUUAUCCAGGUGCAACACCAGGAUUAUUGACUGAUCUCAGAUCUGCUUCUGUUAAUAAUGAUUGUUAUGCGCACGCGGCAGCUAAAGUUGGUUUAAACAAGCACAUUCUUCAUGCAUCACCGGAGUUGCAUAGACAUAUGACAUUUUAUCUUAACAAUAUCACACGAUCCUUUUCUGGAUCAUCUUGUGGAUGGGAAGCUGGUGUUGCUCUUCCAAAGGUACUAGCCGAUGUAAUCGAGUCAAUUGCCGGCGCGAUCUAUCUUGACUCGGGCUGUAACGAAAAGAUUGUUUGGAACAGCAUCCGGCCAUUGCUGGAGCCUUUAGUCAGCCCUGAUACAUUGGAAAUCCAUCCUGUUAGGGAGCUUGAAGAAUUAUGCUCCCAGAAAUCAUACACAAAGUCUUUCUCUUCAGUUUGCUCCGGCGGCUUAGCGACGGUUACGGCGGACGUAGAUGCUGCCGGUUGUGUUCAUAGAGCUACCUCUACAGCAAUAAACAAGCAGGUAGCCAAAAAGCUAGCCUCAAAAGAAGUAUUAGUUUCUCUUAAAAACAUCAUCCCUGCUUGAAAUGCAAUUUUUUCUUUUGUUUUCCUCCAAAUUUAACUAUUUAUAAAACUACCAUCCAGUCAUCUUCAUUUGCAAUGUGGCCCUUCAAAUGUUUAGUUAUUUAUUUAUUUGUUAGUUAGUUUUGUGGCACUCGCAUGUAUUGAAUACAUAAGUUUGAUAAUUUAUUGGGACAUUUACAUACAUGACGACGUAAUUCUUACGUAAUUACAUGUCUAACACCGAAACUUUAAUUAUUACAUUCGUAAAUCAUUUUAUGUGCAUUUUACCAUAUUUUUAUGUAUAGGUUUAUAACGCCAAGGUGUUAGAUAUG